AACCAAUUCCUCGGCUUCACAUUCUCAUUUUUUGUCGCUCGUUUCACUGAGUCCGGUCUUAAUGACGUAGUAGGCGGGUUCAAGUAAUAUCAAGGACUCUUUCGUAAAUGGACUUGGACAUUUGUUUCUUUUGUUUAAUGAGUACUGAAUUUGUCCUUCAAAGAAUGAUGGAAAAAAAUGUUUGGGUGGCCCAACUAUGUAGAUCAUUGUAAGGAACAUGAGCUGGUGUUUUCAGUCUGGGUUGGACAGUGGUAAAACAAAAAAAUAAAGUCAAGUGAAAAUGUAUGCUUGAGUCCAAGGUUUCAGGCCACUCGCUAUUGUAUCCAUUUUAACAGUGACGUUUUACAAAUAAGAAAGUGAGACAAGAGGGAACCAUGCAAUUACAUAUGGAGCGAGAAUGAAAACCAAAGCAAAUAACAUGAGCCUUCUGCUGAGAACCGAAGUCAUAAUCAUUUAGAAGACCAGCGGAACCACCAAUCACUUAGUUAUGAAGAGCACUUUUGGAAGCCAUUUGGACCGGAUGGCCACAUUUUACAUUGAAAAUGGGACAAUUCAUGGAUUGAAUGUGUACAAAUUAAUCGAGAACAGAAAAGUGCGAAACACAGCGUUUUAUUUCUCGGCAUUUGUUUUAUUGUUUCUCCCGGCAAUAAUAACGUUUGAAACAAUUCAGUUUUUCGGCGACGAAUCGAUCAAGAGCUCUGUGGAAUGGAAAACUGAAGACAUCCUGGACGUUCCAAACGUGACCAUUUGUCAUCCCAACUACUUCAGCACCAAAAAGAUGGCGGAAUUAAAUGUCUCAGUUCGAUUGGGCAAUUAUAUGGUUUAUGGCAUCAAUACGGCAAUGAGUGGUCAUUUAUCUUUUAUGCUCCGGAAUGAGAGCAAGCGAGAAUUAUUGUCACAACUGGAUUUAGAACUUCAACAGAAGAUGCAAGAAAAUCAAAUGAACUUCCCCAAACUUGUUCGAGCCAUCGGUAUCGACCUUGAGGAUUUUGCAAACUACUGUGAGUUUCCCAAUCAAGCUUUGUACGGAUUUAGAUGCUCGCAUUUGUUUGACCCAGUUCCAAUGUUCUCACCUCGAGGUGGCAUUUGUUGGACUUCGAACUGGAACUAUACUAUAAAGUCACUAGUUCAUCCAGACCCAAUAAAGAUUUGGACCAACAUAAAGAGGGAGAGCUCUCUUCAGCUUGAUUUCAACAUGCAUGGAACAAACGCAGUAGAGAGGUUAUCUCCAGUUCUAGCAUUACCGCUAGAUAAUCACCCAAUUGGACCGAUUUUUCAAGCACCAAUAAAUCUUCCCUUGAAUGGAAUUUUGAAGCUAUCCUUAACAAAAACUGUGAUAAAACGAAGCGGAUUAAACGGGCAAACUUUUUCAAUGCACAAGGACUCAUGUGUCGAUAAAAAUGAGGCGUUUGAGACUCAAUUCAAACUUCCCUACACUGAGGCCAAUUGUGGAAGCACUCUAAUGACCAUGCUAUUCAAUAACUGCACAAUGAGCUAUAUCAACGGGUUACCAAUGGAGAAAGAUAUGAGACCUUGUGAGCCGAUUGACGUUGUGACACUGGCCAAUAAUUCGAACCGAGUCGGGCGUCUGCAAGAAACUAAGAAAAAACCCACGCAAUCCAUCCCACAAAUUAAUGAUCCCCCUUGUCCCAAGGAGUGCAUUUUCAAGACAUACGCCAAGGUCCUUUCAAUCAGUGAAGCAAACAUUAAGCUUAUGACCAAACAUUUGAACUCACUGCCCAUGACAAAGGAGAUUUUUAACCCAGCGGAUAUUAGUGGCUUGGAGAUAACCUUCUCCUCCAUGGAAUCCUCCACGACCUUUUUGUAUCGGGAUAGCUUUUCAGUGUUCCUUUCUAAAAUUGGCGGCUGGUUGGGACUUUGCAUUGGAGCAUCGGUUUUGUCUGUGGUGGAACUCGCUACAUUCUUCACGUAUCUGUUUCGAUUGUUGUGCAAAUACAUUGUACAUCAGUUUAAAGUUACUGCAUAAAAUGGCAUUAUUUGCUUGCAAUAUCGUACAUCCAAGCCCAAUUGUGAGGGUUGGUGGAGAUUUUGAGUCUAUUUGACC